GUCAAAAAUGGCCCCCAACAAUAUUGCAGAAACUCAUGGAACACUGUAAGUGAAAAGUGUACCAAACAAUCUAACCACAGACAGACACAUGUGGCACUGGAAGUUGUUUGUUUAUGAUCCAAGAUGACAGAGCAGGAAAUAGAAGAAGAUGAUCUCUCGAUCACCUAUCCUCGCGAGCCUUUCCACAAGAGCGGUGUCAUCACACCCGUCCACCAGCUAAAGAAAAAGAAAUUCUCUGACAUUACUUUUAUUGUGGGAGCUCCAUCCGCAGCCAAAAAGUACACCGGACACAGGGUGGUGCUUGCUAUGACAAGUCCAGUCUUUGAGGCCAUGUUCCAAGGGGAUAUGGCUAACAAGAGCAGAGUCGUUCGUGUCACCGAUAUCCAUCCCAGCGGAUUCGAAAAUCUCUUAAGGUAUGCUUAUAGCGACGGCUUGCGACUGCAAAGUAUCGAAGAUGCCAUGAUGACUGCUUUUGCGGCCAAAAAAUAUGCCUUGCCACAUCUGUUAGAACAAUGUCUCUCUUAUUUGGAGGCCAAUGUGAAUGCCAAGAAUGUAUGCCAGAUUUACGAAUUUGCCCAAUCUGUGGAUGCACCAUUACUUAUAUUUCUUUGUUUGAACAUCAUGGACAGGCAAACUUUUCAUGUCCUUACAUCUCCCAGUUUUCCUAUGGUACUGCCUAGUACAGCGGAACUCAUUGCUAGCAGAAAUUACUUGAAUCUGUAUUCAGAGUUCACAGUAUAUACUUCUCUUGUGCAAUGGGGAGAGGAAGAAUGUAAACGGAGGAAGAUACCGGAUGAUGCAGAAAAUAUUAGACAAGUUCUGGAAAAUCACUUGCCGUAUAUACGUUUCUUGGCAAUGUCAGCUGAAGAAUUUGCCAAGGGACCUGCCAAAGGUGGUUUGCUUACCUUAGAUGAAUGUUUCAACAUCUUUAUGAAUUUGGCAAUACCUGACUGCGUUCCAGUGCCACCAGGGUUGUCUCCAGAAUACAAUAAAAGAUCCGCUCCUCCAGAAUAUUUCAUUUGUACUAGAUACAGAGGUCUUUCAUACUCACCACCUGGCAGGCCAUUGCGAGUUUUUGGGAUACGCUUCUCAACUGUCGAAAAGAACAUUUUUUUGGUAGGUGCUGCUUUCCCAGUUAGACUGGACAAUAACUAUUACGCCGUGAGACAACCAAAGUACACAGGCGUAGUUAGAAUAGCCCGAAGAAUGCUGGAUGGGAAAAUUGAACGUCAGGAAUCAGAAGUUACCUUUCAGUUAUCAAAAGGAAAGGACACAGCAUUCACUUUAAGAAAGCCGUACUAUGUACGACGAGGUGAGAAAUAUGAAGUUGAACUUCAGGCUCAUGCUUUAAUUUCUGAUGACGUUAUUGUACCAUUACUGAGGAACAAAAAAAGGGAAGACACUGUGGAAGGGGUUACAUUUCAGUACAUUCCAUUCACUAGGGUAAAACUGUCCAGCAUUUUAGACAUCACAGAAUUUUCGGAGUUGCAUUUUUACUGCUGAAGAGCAAGCAUGCAGUUGUGCCUUGCCUAUUUUAAAAAUAACAACUAAACGACUACAUUAUUUCAUCAAUGAAUAUAUGAUCUAAUAUUAGGUCUUUCAAAUGUGAUCCUUGAAAAAGGUUCAUGUACCCUCUGAAACAUGAAGUUCGCAAACAGUCCAUCAUAGCACAUUUGUUAUUUUUGGAUUUGUUAGCUGAAUAACUUCCUACAUGUGUUCACUAAGGAACUUUAUAUAUGUGUUCACGAUGAAAAGAAUCAAUAAUUUCAGAAAUGAGAAGGAAUGGGGAGAAAACAUUCUUGUGCUUUUCAAAGUAUGAAAGUAGUUAUGUAGUAAUCCACAUAAAUCAUAAUUCGAGAUCUUAUACAACUUUCAUUCCUGUCAGUCAUUUAAUUGCAAAUGUAUUUAAUAUAACAGCAGGCAAAGAAAUGUUAAAUGAUAGAAGGAUUGGAAAGAAAGAAUGAAACUGAAUAUAUUAAAAUUAUUUAUUAUUCGCCAUAGAAUUAAACUCUGCACCAUAGUAAUAUGUCUGCUUUCAUAAAAUGAAUGCAUUUGAAGAGCUCUUUGCACUGCCUUAAUAAUAACCUAUUUUGAAAAUAUAACUAUUUUUAAAAUUGUAGUUGGUUCUCAAGUUUCCAAUCAAAUUGUUGACUGCAUUCUCAUGUCUAACCGUUUCAUUGCUGAAAACUGUUGUCAUUGACAUUUGUUUGAACGUUAAAUGUGAAUAAUUCUAUGUCAUUUAUAAAUAUUGUAUUUAAAUCAUCAAAUUAAGUGAUGAUUAAAGUAUAUUAUGUUACUGUUGUUUA